CAUAUAAUGAUCCAUACGUCUAUUCUUACACGGAGGUUCCUAGGGACCUAAACUUAGGUAUAUGCCAAGAAUAGCCAGUACAACAUUUCAAUCGUAGCAUCCUUCGUUUUUGGUAUUUUCAGCAGAAUAUAUCUUUUUAUUUCAUUGUUUUCGUAUAACAGCAAGAUCUGGCAGCUUGUUUCUGUGUCUUGCGGUGAGAACGAAAGUCUCUCAAACCAACUUUAAUAAAUUCACUCAUCGCUGUUGCCUUGGUGAUUGUUUUUUUGUUUCCUUGGUUUUUUCUUGGCGUUUAUAAAUUACUCUUGGUAGUUGUGUGAGCGCCUUCGGUUGAACUAUAUUUCGUGCAUUCAUUUUUUCAAUCCCUCCCGGAAUUUUCUCACCGAAAUAGCAUUGUCCCUCCCUUGUCUUCUUGAUCGCUGUUUUCACCCCACCAUGUCCAAGAUGUGGUUGCCCUUGGUUCGUCGAUACUCUACGCAGCCUUCAAGUCCUGUCGUGGGCAUCAUAGGCUCUGGUCCGGCGGCUUUCUAUACAGCUCAUCGGCUGUUUCGAAAUGAUCCUUCUAUUAAGAUUGACAUGUAUGAAGCAAGCCCCGUCCCAUUUGGCUUGGUCCGAUACGGCGUAGCUCCAGACCAUCCUGAAGUCAAGCAAGUGGAACAUAAGUUUACCGAAAUUGCAACCAGUAAUCAGUUUCGUUUUUUAGGAAAUAUUUGCGUCGGCAAAGAUAUUCCUCUCUCUACCCUUUCACAGCAUUACGAUGCUCUUGUAUAUGCUUAUGGUUCAUCAUCCGAUAAACUCCUCAAUAUUCCUGGUGAACACUUACACGGUGUCUACAGUGCACGCCAACUAGUGGGUUGGUAUAAUAGUGAUCCUCGACACCAGAAUGUUGGACUAUCUCUGUCUCGUCUCAAAGAUCUCGUCGUCAUCGGUCAAGGCAAUGUCUCGCUCGAUAUUGCCCGAAUUAUGCUUAGCAAGCCCGAACACCUAAUUCCCACUGAUAUUAAUCCCCUCUUUGUCCAGCAGUUAUACAAAAGCGCUCUUGAACGAUUGCAUAUAGUUGGUAGAAGAGACUUGACAUCUGUGUCUUUUACUAUAAAGGAGCUUCGAGAGCUGUUUUCUCUUUCUUCUGCUAAAUUUUUAGCUCCACAGUAUACCUCUUCUCUUCAAUUCCUUUCAGAAGAGGCUCUCAGUACAUUUGACCGUGCUCGUAAGCGCUUGAUUAAACUUAUACAGUCUAAAAUUAAAGACGCUCAGCAAAAUCCACCCUCCUCAGAUCCUUUGCAGAAUCCAUCCAGGUCUUGGGGACUUGAAUUUGGUCUCACUCCUGUUGAAAUUCUGGGUCGAAAUGGUCAAGUGGAAAAAGUCAGGUUUCAAAAGACUGAAACUAUUCGCAACGAAUCCAAUUCUUCAGAAGAUUUCGUUGAAAUUCCCGCUCAAGCCGUUGUCCGUAGUAUUGGAUAUAAAAGUGUGCCCAUCCCUGGUAUGCAAGAACUUGGCAUUCCUUUUGAUACAACUCGUGGAGUCAUUCUCAAUAAUGACGGACACAUCGCUCCUGGCAUGUAUGUGAGUGGAUGGGUGAAGAAUGGUCCUGUCGGAGUGAUUGCUUCUACGAUGAUGGAUUCAUUUUCCACUGCAGACAAAUUGUACAAAGAUUGGCUUGCCCGAGAGCCUUUCUUAGAAGGCACAAAAGCUGGUUGGGACGGAAUCCGACCCUUUUUGAAUAAACCUGUAGUUACUUGGAAAGAUUGGGAAGUUAUUAAAGGUCAUGAAAUUAAAAAUGGUUUGCAGCAUGAGUCAAUCAGUGAAAAGUUUCGGACCUGGGAUGAUGCCCUACGUGUUUUACACAAGUAACGGAUGCUUUGUAUAAAAAUUUGACAAAUAAUGUAUUAGAUGAAAUGAAAUGAAAUGAAUGUGUAGUCUACAA